GUUUUCAGUGAAUCAAGAUACCGGGUCGUGGUCGAACGGCUGUUUCGCCGCAUCGUUUUUUAUAUUGACGUUUUGUACGCAUAUUUUGACGUUUCUUUCUCAGCACACUGUGAUACAACGAAGAUCCCAAACAAUUCGGCAGUUUUUCACUAUGGUUCGGCGCGGAAAACGGUAACGAAGCAUGGAAAAUUGCACAUUCUCGAAUCCGCGCUUUUCCGACAGCAAGUCGCCUUAAUAUCGCCUUAUUUUCAAUUUUUUGCGUAGUUACGAACGUGCCAGCACUGCAAACAAACACGUAUUUACGGGAUAGAGCUAAAAAAACCCGGCAUGCAUCGAAUCGCUUCAGUUUUUCCGGGAACAGCACAACGAAUUUAGAAAUUUUCAUUAGAAAUAUUAGAUUUACGCUAACAACUUAGAAUCCAAUUUUCAAUUCACGUGAGUACCUUAUGAGGAUGGUGAAAAUCCCGAAAAAUUCUUGCUGGAAAAACCUUCCAAGGUGGUAAAUCUCUGAUAUGCCAGUAAGAAGAGGUCUGGUAGCUCCAAGAACUACGUUGAUUGAGACCAUUAUAAGGAAGUUUGAUACAGACAAUCGUAGUUUUUUAGUAGGCAACAUAAGAGAAGGAAUAUGUCACAUCAUAUAUUGUUCAGACGGCUUCUGUCGGCUAACCGGAUACUCAAGGGCGGAAGUGAUGCAGAGACCGGCCUCCUGCGAAUUCUUAUGUGGCCCCCUGACGUCCCAGCAAGCUGUAACUGCCCUGAGAGAAGCGCUGCAGGAGGGAGUUGAGAAACACGCUGAAAUUCUGUACUAUAGAAAGGAUGGUUCAAAGUUCCUAUGUUCUGAAGUCAUAGCUCCCAUAAGAAGCGAAGUUGAUGACAUCAGCCUGAUUAUUGUCAAUUUCGAAGACCUGACAGCACAUCCUGCUGGUUCAUUGGAGAAUAGCCCCGUCGGUAAAUCCAGAUUCAGCAAAUUUGAUAGAGCUAGGGCUUCCUUCAGGCAGAGUUUGAGGUUAGGUUCAAACUUGCGAGGCCGGGGGUUCCGAUUGGCUGGUUAUUUGACACCUCCGAGUGACGUCACCACUGCCGAAGAAGAAGCGGACAGGUUGGAGCAAUGUCCGCUGACGUCAAACUCCCCCACCCCCAUACUGGAAACUACCUGGGUACCCAAGACAGAAGUACCGUCGGCGGUGGGGCGCACAACCGUCACUCCGAUCCCAGGGGGCUACCCGCAGACGAGAGAAUACACCGCCCUGACCAUCUCCCACAGCGCCCCAACCAGUCACCAGGCCUCCUUCGAGCGGGGGGAGAGCGUGGAGAGAAAUAAGCACCAUUUAACGAAUAAUAGGAAUCCACCUCAAAACAGAGUGUCGCAUGCAACGAGUCUAGAUGCCAUAGCUAGAAGGCAGUGUUUUAGAACUGGAUACCCCUCUGUUAGCAUUUCUAAUAAGCCGCAACUGAGCAAGCAAUUUCCCAACGUUUCUUCAGAAUCCGACCUACAGAAAUACAAAACUGCACAACAGAGUCACGACAGGAAAAGUCCGAGUCUGAGCAAUCCAAACACAGACUCGUCCAGGCAAAAGGUUCGUCAUCAAUUCUCUUUGCAGGACAAUGGUUCAGCCAAAUACUUUCAGAGUGGGAUUCACACGCCAAAAAUGGGAGAGAAGGUGGCGCAGGUCUUAUCGUUAGGAGCAGAUGUUCUUCCAGAAUACAAACUUCAGAAUCCAAGAUUGCACAACUACACAAUUCUCCACUACUCCCCCUUCAAGGCAGUCUGGGAUUGGAUCAUUCUAAUCCUAGUAAUAUACACCGCCAUCUUCACGCCUUACGUCGCAGCAUUUCUCUUGAGUGAACCCGAAUUCAGCGCAAAGAAGAACAAAAAAUACAGCGAAGAUCCCAUCGUAAUUAUUGAUUUGAUCGUGGACGUUACCUUUAUCAUAGAUAUCUUGAUCAACUUCAGGACAACUUACGUCAGUGGUACCGACGAGAUUGUCUCAGAUCCUGGCAGAAUAGCCGUCCAUUAUCUUAAAGGUUGGUUUUUCAUCGACCUAGUAGCAGCGGUACCCUUCGAUCUACUCUUCUUCAACAGCGACACAGACGAGUUGGGCUUGGACAAAGACGAGACCACAACACUGAUCGGCUUAUUGAAAACUGCCAGACUUCUGCGAUUGGUCAGAGUAGCCAGAAAAAUUGACAGAUACUCCGAAUAUGGAGCUGCCGUCCUCUUACUGUUGAUGUGUUCUUUCACACUCAUAGCUCAUUGGUUUGCCUGCGUUUGGUACGCCAUAGGGAAUGCUGAAAGACCUAUGCUGAAAGCCAAAGUUGGUUGGCUUGAUAUAUUGGCGAAUGACACCCAUCAGUUCUACUUACCGAAUAACACUGGAGGUCCAAGUAUAAAAAGUCGUUACGUCACCGCUCUGUAUUUCACAUUUACUUCGCUAACCAGUGUUGGAUUUGGCAACGUCGCCCCUAAUACAGAUACGGAGAAGAUAUUCACCAUUUGCGUGAUGCUUAUAGGAUCUCUAAUGUAUGCGAGCAUAUUCGGUAACGUAUCCGCCAUCAUUCAGAGGUUGUACUCAGGAACGGCGAGGUACCACACUCAGAUGCUGCGCGUCAGAGAAUUCAUAAGAUUCCACCAGAUACCCAACCCUCUCCGUCAAAGGCUGGAGGAAUAUUUCCAGCACGCGUGGACCUAUACGAAUGGGAUAGAUAUGAACUCGGUUCUGAAAGGGUUUCCGGAGUGCUUACAAGCGGACAUCUGCUUGCAUCUCAACCGGAACCUGCUACAAAACUGCGGUGCAUUCGAAGGGGCCUCGCCUGGAUGUCUCAGGGCAUUAACGUUGAAAUUCAAAACGACGCAUGCUCCUCCAGGAGAUACUUUGGUUCAUAGGGGUGAUGUGAUAUCUUCAUUAUAUUUUAUAUCAAGAGGAUCCAUUGAGAUAUUACGGGACGAUAUUGUCAUGGCAAUACUAGGAAAAUAUGAUAUAUUCGGCGAAAAUCCUUGUCUUCACGCAACUCUGGGAAAGUCCAGUUGUAACGUUAGAGCUUUGACCUACUGUGAUCUCCAUAAAAUUAACAGGGACGACCUGUUAGAUGUACUAGAAUUGUAUCCGGAAUUUUAUAAUCAAUUUUUGAAUAAUUUAGAAAUCACAUUCGAUUUGAGAGAUGUGGAUCAAGCUGGUGUCAUUCCAAGAAGAAUGUUUUAUUCCAAAACGCAGUCGCACGACAAAGAAAGCAGGUAUUUCAGGGGCGUCGGUUCAAACGGGGUAUCUGGAAGGCAUUCACUGACUGGUAGACAGGAUUCUCAAUACAGCGACGAAUCAGAGUCAGGACACGGAAUUUUGGAAUUCACAACUGAAAAAGCAGGACAAGACGUCACCCCCAUGAAUUUGGACUAUGGAGAGGAGAAGAGGAGGAGUUCGACCUUAAACUCAAUAACAGGCAUGCUAAAUCACCUUAAGCGAAGUAUACCAGAUUUGAGAAUACACAAAACCCAACAUCAACCCUUAAUCGCCCAAACGACUCCUCCGUCGUCUCACAGAAUACGCACAAUACGACGCCAGUCUUCGACAGGUGCCUACCAAGAGCAGGCGCCUCCAACCAACCAACAAACAGUCCAGAAUUCCGUUCCAGUAUCGAGUAGCACCAGCUACUACACCAACAGUCCAUCCCCUCCAAACGACACCACCAAAAUCCACUUGACGCCCAGCCAUCCACACCCCCAGGUGGACCAGCAGCAAGUGCUGGACAGUGGCGUUCUCUCUCAGGGCUCAGUUCUGGGACAUCCUUAUCAACAUUCCAGCUUAGAAGCACAAUACGAUAACAUAUUAGUUAGUAGGACCCAAUUCGAAAACGUAGUUAGUAAGAUCGACAAUUUGGCAAUGAGGGUCUCUAGUCUGGAGAGAACUCUAGCGGCAGAUGUCAAAAGUAUAUUGAUGUUAUUGCAGCAGCAGGGAAGAACGAACAACGUGUCGGCUGUAGAAAGUAAAACGAACAAUGGUGCUAGGCAAGAUAUUCCAGAAUACGAAAAUGUACAUUUAGACACUAGUAGAAAUAAAUAUACGUUCCAGAGAUCCGUCAGUGAGCCAAAACCGAUCAGCAAGAAUCAGCAGUCUUCACAAAUCCUGCACAGAUUCGCGUCCUUCAAUAAAGCCUUCGAUUUUGAAAAAACUAGCGAGGCUACAUUAACUGAAAUAUCUACGUUCAAGGAGAAGGACAUAAGGGAUGAACCCACAGCCCCUAUAGCCAAACUAGAAUCCUUAGACGAAUUAGAUUUGGAAUCUCCACAGUCCAGCCCAAAAAAACCGAUAAUUUAGUAAUGAAAUUCUAAGUUGAGGUCAAAGGAUUUUGUUACGGUUUAAGGAACGCCUUACAGAGUUAAAUUUAAGCUUUUUAUAACUGGAUGAAAAUAUUGAAGGAAAUGAAUAAUUUGAAGGAUCGAGUCCAAAGCAUCUAUUGAAAAAAUCGUUGAAAAAAUGGAUUUGGAAGAUCACACCAAAAAAGUACAUCAAUAAAUAGAGGUUCAACAAUAAGUAACACAAAAUCUCAAGAAAAUUGUCAAUGAAAGGUGAAUAGAGGAAGUAGUUCAUUAACGCUAUAAAAUCUAUUUUCUAAGAUUCUGGCCAUUGUUGAUUUUUGGAAGUUGUAAUCGGUGAUUCUGUUUUAUCAUAAUAAAAAACAACUCCAACAGUCUGGCACUCAUCGCAACAGGAAAUAAACAAUCCCUCAAUCCAUAGGUGUAAGAAGAAUGACUGAAGGAGAAUCGAUGUUCAAAAGUGAAAUAAUUAAAAUUUGAUACCUUUUUAUUACUUAUACUGUUAGAUUUGUUGAAAUGCUUGAUUUUUGGCAUCAUCCAAAGCUUUUGAAGAAUUCACUCACAAAUAAAUAUGUUUAUACACUCUAUUACGAUAUUUUUAUUAAAAGUAAUGUAAUGUAAACAAUGAUAUUGAAAAAUACUCAAUAGACAUACAGCCAAAGAAAAGGCAAAAAAUUUA